AUGGAAAUGGAAGAAAAAUAUGCAAAAAUCAAGGAAUUUGAAGCAGAGAAAAAGAGUCAAAAUGAACUGAGCAAGCCUGAGCUUUUAGAAGCACUUUUCCAUUCUCAAACACGAGCAAGGGAAGCUGAAAAAGCUGCACAAAAAGCAAUCAAUGUAAAAGAAGACAUGAUCAGUCAGUUUAUGAAGCAAGCUUCACAGCUAUUUGCUUACAAGCAAUGGUUUCGUAUAUUGCAACUGGAAGCUACUAGGAACAGUAAUGUUCUGGCUUUUUUUGAUUUUGGAUAUGGUGUUCACCAUUUUUGGAGUGGCACUGAAGAAGAGAUGUAUUUAAAGAGUACUGGUUCCGAUUGA